AUGCCAUCAUCCACUCUACAAUCAGCUAGCGUUAGCUACCCUCUUCUUUAUAAUUAUGAGUUUCCUAUGAGCAGUAAAGGGUAUCACGUAAAUUUAAUGUCAAGACAUACUGGUCACAAGGAAGAUAAAUAUGAAAGCUUGAUAACAAAGGCUAGAGAUUUAUAUCACGAUAAAGAGUACGAAAAGGCUAUUAAAAUUUGUUCUUCAAUUCUUGAGGCAAAAUCCGACUAUCAAGCUGCCUACGGUAUUCGAGGCCUUUGUAAUUAUUUUAUGGAAAAACAUGAAGCAGCCCUCUCAGAUUUAAACAGAUAUUUAGAAGUGAGCACUGUGGACUUUGACACUACAUUGUACAGAGCGUAUUGCAAUUUCAAAUUAUUUCGUUUUGAUGAAAUGCUGAAAGACUUGAACGCCAUUUUAUUUGUAACUUCUCCUAGUGAGAACCCAUCAAGAUUCAUCGCCGCACGAUUAUUAAGGUCUAAUUAUUAUUUAAUAUCCAGGGAUGUAGAUUUGGCUUUUGCAGAUCUCCAUGCAAUUGAAAACCAUCUAGGUGAACCAAACUUUAUUUUGGACUUGGAUCAACAAGCUCAAUUCUAUGAGGGCAUUUCACUAUGUUAUACUACAAGAGGUCAGCAUGACAAAGCAGUGUUUUAUUUGACAGAGCUGAUUGAAAAGGUCCACAUGAAUGGAAGACAAAACAAGGCCCUUAAUCUCAAAAGAGCAUUUUCUUUGGUAGAAUUGAAACAAUUUGACAAAGCUCUUCCAGAUAUUGAUUCCUACAUUUCAGAAAAUGGAACUGAUGAAAUGCCGGCAGUUCUUAUCCUAAGAGCAAAAACACUCCACGGUCUUGGCAAAUACAAAGAAGCACUUGCAGAUCUUGACAAACUCAACAAGUCUCAAGUUUUAAAAAUGCAUCCCUAUCUCAUCGAUGAACAGUGGCUAGAGGAAGCACAACAAAUCAGAGCAAAAUGUGAAGAACAAAUAGUUUGA